AUGGAAAGGCUUUUGAAUAUGAUGGAACCGGUUGUGGUUAUCCAUAAAUUGGGGGCCUCCUUUUUUGAGAUGGCGCUUACCCUGACAGUGUACAACCGCUCGCUGGAAACAGCAGGCGGUCAAGUGGAGCAGGCUCAGACAGCUUCCUCACGCUUCUUCCUGCUUCACUCUGUAAUCUCUACCAUGGCGGCCAUGCUGUCCAUCGUGCCGCUCGGCCGUGUCGCCGACCGGCGGGGCCCCAAAGUUUUCCUUGUCGUCUCCCAGCUGGGCUCAGUCUUGGGAAUGUGCUUCCUCCUGCUCUUCUUGUUCUGCGACCUACCUGUGGAGUUCCUCUUCUUGGGCACGGCUGUGUACGGCCUCUGCGGGGGCUCGCCGGCCUACUGGGCAGGAGUGGUGGCCUUGGCGGCGCUCAGCUCCAGGCGGAGGUCCCGCACACUCAAACUCAACGUGGUGGACAUGUGCGUGGGGGUGGCCGGCGUGCUGGGCGGCCUGCUCUCUGGCUACGUGUACCGAGUGGGCCACCAGGGGGCUGUGCUGCUCGGGGCGGCCAUCACCCUCAGCACGCUCUCGCUCCUGCUUUCUGUGUUUUUCCUCCCCACCCCAAGAGGAGACGGUGAGGAGAAAGAGGAGCUGCUCAGGGAGCCCACGGGCGAAGGUCGGCCGGACGCUGCAGCCGGCGGCCUGCUGAUGACGGCCAUGGUAGUGUUCAUCCUGGGCAUGGUAGGGGCGGAGGACGUCCUCACGCUCUACGUGCUCAAGCCGCCUCUGAGCUGGGACUCGGUGUGGGCGGGCUACGGCAGCGCUGCCACAAACGCAAUGUACGUGAGCAGCUUUCUGGGCGUACUGGUGCUAUCCAGGGUGCUGGGAGACACAGCGCUCUCGCUGCUCGGAAUCAUGUCCAACUGCACUGGAAUGGCCAUCAUGGCCUUCACGGUAGAGAGCUGGAUCUACUUCCUGGCUCGAGGAAUAAUGAUGUUUGCCUGUGUUCCCAUGCCAACACUACGAGCAAUGCUUUCCAAAGUUCUGGACUCACAGCAAUAUGGCCGGACGUUUGGCCGGCUCCAGCUAGUCCUGGCUGUGACUGAACUGGUGUCGACGGUGUUUUUUGCCUCGGUUUACCCGCUCACUCUCCACAGCUGCAGUGGUGUCUGGUUCCUCCUUUCUUGUGCGAUCAGUUACCUCAGUGUCAUACCCAUCCUGUACCUUAAGUUCAGGCAGAGGAGGCAUGAGUAAUUUCCCACAAGCAUUAACAGGAAGCAGCCAGGCUGAACACUAUGAGAUGCUUCCUCAAUUAUCACCAAUUACCCACUGGAAUAAGACUCACAACAAUUUUAUAAUGCAAAAUAUGUGCUUUAAUCGAUCAUAGUGAUAGAACACUGAACGUUUAUGCUGCAUUCAAGUCCAACCGCCUGUAAGUUCUGAUGGUCUGAACGAGCUGGCUGAUUCACCUGGUUUACUGGUGCUUUGCUGUACUGGACCGAGGCCCGCGGCUGUGCCUUGAGCAUGGAGUAGAAUGCGUUAUCCUUGCUGUCGAAGCCCCGGCUAUGCUUGGAGACGUACAGCCUGAAAUCCUGCAGUGGGCAGAGUCAUUGAGCAAGGCAUGCCUCCUAAAAUCCACACCCACGGUGCCACCCCUCCACCCCUGAGGCCGGCACCGGGGCCGUGCACCAAGUGGAAGUGUUUGAAGCAACGUGGCGUGCGGCGUUGCAGGUGCUGCUUUCCGAAGGUUGUUGAGCAGCACCAGGUUGAGCAGGGCACGUGGCGAGUGCCGAUCGAGCUCAUCGUGGCUCCUCCUGCUCGCGGCGCUGGAUGCUCAGGGGGAUGUCGAGGUGGUGGGCCGACUCAUACCGCCGCCCCUCCCACACACAGGCUUGCAGCACGGCGCGGGCCUCACGCAGCUCCACAGACUUGGCCAGGCUGAAGGUGCAACCCUGUCUAUGGCAUAGCUGCAGAACAGCACCGACUGGCUGCUCGACCCCUGGGGCCUGGAAAACCACUGCUGCUGGAAAUAGGAGGCCAGUGUUCAAGGAGGAAGAUGCCUCUGGUUUGUGGAGUGAAAUCCAACUCUGGAAGUUUUCUAUGUUACUAAGUCUUCUUGUAGUUCUCUUUA